UAACUGUAGAGUGUUCUGCUGGUGACAGGGCUGUCAGGGUCAGAUGGCUGCUCAGCCUGAUUAGACCAGCUCACAGCAGAUCCUCAGCCCCGACACACUGCACUGCACUGCCACAGCAAGGUAUAGAGCUGUCCACUGGAAGAUACUGUGCACUGCAAGCGACAGGGUGGGAGGGUUGAGGGUGAGGUUGCUCGUCUGCGUAACAGUUGGGGCAGAGCUACAGGUUGUUGCUGCUUCACUGGCUCAGGCUUCAGCUUUUGUAGUGGCAGAAAAAGAGAAGAGAAAAGCAGUUGGACUUCACUUCAUUGUGUGGCACAGGGGAGUGGAUGUUUAGUCUGUGUCUGGAGAUGACAUUGAAGAGCUGACUGAAACGCUGGUUGAUGGAGUUUGUGCAGCAGAGUGGUGACUACUGCCACGCCCAACACGUUUAGACCCUAUGUGGAGGAAGGUGGACUAUGCCGUCCUGGGGCCCUGAACCCCGAAAGACCAUUGGCCUUUGCCCUCUGAACCAGCCAGCUCAUGGGGUAACAAGUGGAGUCUCGCUCACCAGAAGAUAACUGGAGAGAGGGGGAGAGAGAGAGAGAGGGGGAGAGGACAAUCAGAGAGAUAAAAACAAAGAGUGGAACACGGAGAGAACUGACACUGUAACCUGCCGGACUAUAGGAUACAGUCAACUGAUGGUGUAAAAGAGUCAAGACAACAGCACCGUGGAAUUGUGACAAUAACUUCAACAGCUAUAAUCAGGAAGUUCCACCACGGACAGGAAGUCCAGAAUCACCUGAGAACUGAUACAAGUAGAAGACAAAGCAGGGAACUGCUACAGCUGGGGCUAAAGCUAAGUGUUAACACAUAAAGGUCAGAGGUCUUCCUGGGAGAGGUCAAGAUCACACGGGCCACCAUGAACCGUCCAGCUCCAGUGGAACUGUGCCACAAGAACAUGAGAUUCCUCAUCACCCACAACCCCACAGACAGCACUCUCAGCUCCUUCAUAGAGGACCUGAAGCGGUUUGGUGCCACCACUGUGGUUCGCGUGUGUGACAUCACUUAUGACAAAACGCCGCUUGAGAAAGACGGCAUCACUGUGGUGGAUUGGCCCUUUGAUGAUGGAGCCCCACCUCCGAGUAAACUUGUUGAUGAUUGGCUGAGUCUGCUGAAGAAGAAGUUUCAGGAGGAUCCAGGAUGCUGCGUGGCAGUUCACUGUGUGGCUGGACUGGGACGGGCUCCUGUCCUGGUUGCCCUGGCUCUGAUAGAGAGUGGGAUGAAGUAUGAGGACGCUAUUCAACUUAUCAGGCAGAAGCGUCGCGGAGCCAUCAACAGCAAACAGCUGACCUACCUGGAGAAAUAUCGAUCCAAGCAGAGGCUCCGCUUCAAAGAUUCUCAUACACACAAGAACAAGUGUUGCAUCAUGUAAACACACACACACACACACAAACACACACACACACACACUCACGUUCUCAGGAAUCCAACCAUAAGCCUUGCCUCACCUGCAUCAUUGGCCCAUUAGUCUGGGUCUUUCUGAGAUUUUUACGGUAAUUUAAUAAGACUCCAUCUUUGUUCUUUGUUUGUAAUGAUUACUUUUCUUUUAAAGUUUAGUCUAUUGCAUUUUCGCUUCAUUAUACAGUUUAGAGCGAAGGAAGAUGCGAAAGAGAUUAGGGAUGGAAAAUCCCACAAAUAUUCAGUUUUGUCUCUAAUUGCUUUGCUUUAUUAGAUUUAUAAAAAACAUGAAGUUGGGGUUAGGGAUAAUGUGAUGAGGUUUUUGUAUCACAUUCAAAUUCUCAAUAAAUCAAACCCAUGGUGUGUGCGCACAGGGACACCUGAACAGAUUUACUACAUAAAACUGAUGUAUCGGCAUUCAAAACCUAUGUACAGAUGUUCAAUAUUUUUAAACUUAACUAUAAUGAAGGAAUGUAAUUACAUGCAGUGUUUGUGUUUCUUUGAGAUUGUUUUUUUUGCUAUGAGAAACCUUCAGAUAAACCUUUUGAACUAUUUUUGCAAGACGAAAAUUUAAAUCAGUGAAACCCAAGAAUAACAUCACCCCAGCAGCUCAGUGUUUUUUCAGUUUUCCCUUCUAACAUUAUUCCUGUUGAUGUCUGUUAUCGGUGUAACUGGAGAUAUAAGGGCUUGUUUUCAUUUGGUUUUGUCACAGUCGCUGCUUUAAUAUUGCAUCAUACACUGUGCUUGAGUAAUGUGUUUACAUAUGUGUGUGUGCAUUACAUGUUAUGCUCUGUUAAAUGACACCCACAGAAGGAAGCUAGGCAGCAGCUGAUUUCAUGUGGGGUUAAAUAUGGUACAUGUGUUAUAAUAAAUAAAUCUACUGUAAUCUCACAUGACGUGAAUUCAAGAGCAAUGUAUACUAGAUGUAAAUAAUAUUAAAAGUAAAUCUCUCCCUCCAUUCAGUGACAACCAACAAAUGUGCAAAGACCAUAAAAUAAUUUCUGGUAUUAUAAAUAGUUUUUUGACAUAAUCAUGUGGUCAUGGAGAAACAUCUGUCACCCCAGCAGUUAAUGACAGUUGGAAGUCAAGCUCCUUCUAAUCUGAGGCCAUGUUUGGCCUGACAUGAACGUGGAUAAAUUGAGACAUUGCUCUAAUUCUACUUCAAAUGUUGCUGUGCAUUGUCACGUCUUCUAGACUUGGUUACAGUAUCUGACACACAUUUCUUUCUUGUGAGGUGGAAUUUACUUAUUCACUUGUUUUGUUCCUGAAUGAUUCAUGUUAACAACUGCUCCUGACACUUGGUUCAUUGUUCAUUCAGAACUGAUUUGGGUUUUCUGUUAAUAAUAGAGCAUGCACUUUAAUGUGUUAGCAAGUUGCUUAUUAUAGUCACUUCAUCUUCUGAGUUGCAAAAACACAUCGACAACAAUUUGUGAGAAAUAAGAGCAGGGUUUGUAAAAAAAA